AUGAAGUCUCAUUUAGAUGGAGUUUCUUUGCGAGAUGAGUCACAAUCACGGGCGGCGGAGGCAGAUGCUGCUUGGACGUCGGAGAGACUCGAGGUCCGCUUGCUUUGGAAGCGGUUUGACAUGAAACGAGACAAGGGGUUAGAUGUGAAAAAUGGAAAUCGGCUCCCUGGAUAUGCGAGGACAGUACUGUUUCUUGCCGCAGGUCUUCGUCCGCACAAAGCUGGUGUGGCCGCAGGUGAACUGGUUGUAGAGCUGACGGCACAUCUUUCGAGUUGGUUCCCGCCUGCUGCGGCACAGAGAGCAAGGAGGAGGACAAUGAGCGGGUUUGUUCAUUGA